AGAGACAAUAAGUCUGCCAACAACGAAGAAGAAGAGAAGAGCAAAAGCAUACAACCCCCCCCCAUCCCAAUGAAGAGAGAGGAAUAUAUGCUAUCGUGCGCCUGAUUUUUCUGUUUGAACUAUCGUGAGCCAUGGGUGGAGAUGGUACGACUACUGCUAUGGCUGGCGGAGGAGCAGAGGCGCAGUACACAACGGCGAAGACGUCGGUGUGGUGGGACAUUGAGAAUUGCCAGGUCCCCAAGAGCUGUGACCCCCACGCGAUCGCUCAAAACAUAAGCUCCGCUCUUGUGAAAAUGAAGUACUGUGGUCCGGUCUCCAUCUCCGCCUAUGGAGACACCAAUCGCAUCCCUUCGUCCGUACAGCAAGCCCUUUCCAGUACCGGCAUCUCCCUCAAUCACGUCCCCGCCGGUGUUAAAGACGCAAGUGACAAGAAGAUUUUAGUUGAUAUGCUGUUCUGGGCAGUGGACAAUCCUGCCCCUGCAAAUUAUUUGCUGAUUUCCGGUGAUCGGGAUUUUUCAAACGCACUCCAUCAAUUACGCAUGCGCAGAUAUAACAUCCUACUAGCGCAACCUGUUAAAGCAUCCGCUGCCCUUGUUGCGGCUGCCAAGAGUGUAUGGCACUGGACAAGUCUUGUCGUUGGAGGGAACCCACUCACAAGUGGUGAAUCAUCACUACUAGCUAAUGCUUACUCUACGUCCAACCAUGAAAUUUCGCAUUCACUUUCUGACAGCAUUCCUCUAACCCAGCCUGCCUAUUCCAAUUCUGGGAGUCUUUCUUUGGGAAAUUGCAAGGUCUUGAGUCCUUUAAGGGUUGGUGAUACUAAAUCCAAAGCGAAAUAUAUUGAUAAAUAUCCAAAUCAACCCUGUAUUACUAGAGCCUUAAGUAUGCCAGUUGGGGUCCAAGAAAACAACAACUUCGAGUAUUCUCACCAACCAGAAACUGCACCAACUAAGCAGUUUAGGAAUGCUCCUCAUGAAUUUUUUGGUUCUACCGAGCCAGUAGUCUCUGCAAGUAGGUCUGCUCCCUGUUUCUUUCACGGUGAUCCUGAUCCUUCAGGUAACAGUGGCAAUAAUUUCAUUGAAAAUACGCAUAAUCAAUAUAGUCAACCUCGGCCUGCUUUUGCACCGGAUAAGUUGUUUUCUCCAGUUUCUCAUAACAAUGGGUUUCGCCCAAUGCCUCCCAGAACUGAUGUUCUUAGGUUUCCCGCUACCCCACCCACAAAGAUGCUUGAUAUUUGUGAGCCUAAUUUGUCUCAAUAUCACAACUAUUCUCAAAAUGCCCCUACAUUUAAUCAGCAACGUGGAAAAGAGUUCAGACCGAAAGCAUUGGACUAUCAAAACUUAGCUAGACCCUAUGUACCACUUAAAGGCAAUACCCCACACAGACACCAGCCAUUGUACCAUGAUACAAUGGGCAACAAGUAUCCUCGUGGUUCUGAGUUGCCAAUUCCUCCAUCCUCCUCAAUGUUUCCUAAAACUGUUUCUACUAACGCCAUCCAGGGAUUUCAAGGGUGCCAGCAACCCUCUGAAUACAUUCAAGGUCUUAUAGGGGUUGUCCUACUUGCCUUAAAUACGUUAAAACUUGAGAAGAUUAUGCCUACUGAAGCUAACAUAACUGAUUGUAUCCGUUAUGGUGAUUCAAAAUACCGGAAUACGGAUGUAAGGAAGGCCUUAGAUUAUGCACUUGAGCAACAAAUGAUAGUGAAACAAAAUUUGGGUGCAAUGCAACUGUAUGUGAGUAGAAUUGAGAAAUUAUGGAAAUGUGUGAACCCUAUUGGUGGUAAUCCUUACCAGUAUCCAAAAGAAACGUGGGAUGGAAUUGAGAAGUUUCUGACUGCUGCUGCUGGACGUUCAGCAAUAAUGGCUUCUCAAUGCAGGUAUGAAGCGGCUCUAAUUCUGAAAAAGGCAUGCUUAAAAGAGCUUGCCUUGGGUGAUGUUCUCCAGAUCUUGGACAUGAUAAUUACCGUGAAGAGGUGGAUCAUCAAUCCUCAGUCUGGAUGGCAACCAAUGACUAUUACCCUUGCAGAAAUUUCUCCUUAUAUAGGUGCUGGAACUGCUGCUUGAAUUAUCAAAGAGGUUGUACUGCCCACAAAGUGGCCCUAGAUGACUGGCUGUGAAAUAAGGUCAGAUAAUAAUUGGGUUUGUGGGAAGGUUUGUCUACUUUGGGAAAAGUAUAUUAUGAAAGAAAAGAAAAGGCAUAUUAAAUGUGAAGUGAUAUCUAAGGCGGAAGGGAACUUUUAUUUGGCUAUACUGGUGGGUUUUUGCCUUUCUUUUUAAAUGCGGUGUGACUAUAAUGGUUGUUUGGAAGCUAUGAAAAAAUUGUGGUUAUUUGAAGGAAGAAAAUGUAUACUUGGGUUGUGCUCUAUUUCGCUCAAGAAGACGACACAAGUUUUAAUGCUGCAUAGGUGCUGCAUUAUUGCAGCUUUCUGCACCCUUGGUCAAACCGCAUUGGUAGCUUGUACUUCCAAUGAGGCUUCUGUUCACUGGAAGGUAUCUGAUACAUGUUUUUGUCCUUGUAUUUCUUGAUUGGAAGAAACUAGUUUUCUUGCAUUUCCAAAAUAGGCGAUGUUGGAGAGCACUACUGGCAAAGAUGGGGUGAUUUUUGUUACAGAAUACGGAGAAACUUAUAUGCAUGGAUAAGGAUUCGUUUCCAAAAAUAUAUACUAUCUAUCAGCUCAGCCAGCAUGUGUGCUGCACUGGCUUGUUGUGUAGGUUGGUGUCUAAACUAGUACAAGCCCUGUGGAAGGAGUUCAGAUAUGGUUGUUUUUUCUGCACUGUGAUUGAUUAUUGUGGACGUUACGGUGGCCAAAUGAACAAAAUAUGAAGCAACUAUGCUUCCAUUGUAUAGAUCUUCAAGUGAUCAGAAAGGUGCCUAAUCUUUUUAUUGAAGUCAAGAUGGUAUUACAAGACAUCUAGAAAUGUGGUUAUGUGCUACUGUGGAUGCGACAGUGCGUAUGAUUUGUGGAGCGUUGAGGGCAUGAUAAUAAUUCUGUGGAUGUGGUAAGGGUGUUAUGCAUUGGCUUGACAUAAAAGUUAGGUUUAUUUUUUGCCUUCUCCUGGUUCUUUGGUAGCAGGGAUGCUUGCUAUUUGCGUUGGACAUGACCAAAUAUGCAUUUAUUUGUUAUGUUGAUCGACUUGUUAUUGACAUGUAUAUGUUAUUGCCCCAAAGUAAAUGCUGCCGUAAAUGUCAAAUUCAUGAGAUGCCAAUGGGAAUCAGAAAGUCUGCAGGGAUUAUUCUGUGGUGCAGCAGAUGUACUAUUUUCCCUGUAUGGAAAUAGGAUACUUACGAAGUGCUACUGUUUUUUUUUAAUGUCAAUAUGUUUUUUU